AAAGUCAAGGCCUGAUCAAACAACACAGCUGCCUUGAUUAGCAAACAAAAAAACACAUUGCUGCUUUGCUCUGUUUUUACAGGCCAUUUCACCUUAUUCAACCAUUUCCUGGCCACAAACACAUGUAUUUUUGUCUCUUUGAAUAUACCGGAACCCCACCUCAUACAAUCUUUCCUCGAGGCCUCUUUACCAGCAAGCAAUUUUCUCUGUUCAAAUCAUCAGCAUCAACCCUUGAUGGAGAAUCGAAGGAGCGAAGGCCCGGGUGGAGAUGAUAACAAUCAAAUGGUUGAUUAUAUGCUUAACAAUAAUGCACAACAGCAGCAACAAAUGGCAUCAGGCUUUGGUCCUUCUUCGAAUUCUCUGAGCUUUGCUGAUGUGAUGCAGUUUGCUGAUUUCGGGCCUAAGUUGGCCUUAAACCAAUCAAAAUCCUCAGCAGCAGAGGAGGAUGAGAGGGAAGAAGAUGGGAUUGAUCCGGUUUACUUCUUGAAGUUCCCCGUGUUGAAUGAUAAGUUGCAGGAUGAGAAUCAUCCGCUAAUGAUGUUUCCUCAGGAAGGGCUUGUCGGAGAUGAGGACGAGAGGUUUAAGAGGGGGAAUGGGAUGACUAGUGAAGAAAGUGGUAAGGCAAGGAAAAUGAUGGAUCAAGAAGGAAGAAUUGGGGAGAAUGCAUCAUCUGUGCAACUUCAGUUCCUUGGAGAGGACGUCGAGAAGAACUCUCAGAUGGGAGAAGCUGGCAAGAACAAGAAGAAGAGGCCGAGGACUACAAAAACUAGUGAAGAAGUUGAGAGCCAGAGAAUGACUCACAUUGCUGUUGAGAGAAACCGGAGGAAGCAGAUGAAUGAGCAUCUUCGCGUAUUGAGGUCUCUCAUGCCUGGAUCAUACGUCCAAAGGGGUGAUCAAGCAUCAAUCAUUGGAGGAGCCAUCGAGUUCGUGAGAGAGCUGGAGCAACUCCUGCAAUGCCUUGAAUCCCAAAAGCGAAGAAGGCUUUAUGGCGAUGCACCACCACCACCGCGGCCUAUUGGAGAUUCAGCAAAUCCAAUGCAACAAACUCAAGUUCCACCACCACCACCACCAUUCUUCAAUCCUAUGUCAGCAUCAGCCUCAGAUGAUCCGCUGAAACUUGUCUCUGACUACGAGAACGGACUAAUCAGAGAAGAGACCGCAGAGAGUAAGUCGUGCCUGGCAGACGUGGAAGUGAGGGUGCUCGGGUUCGAUGCCAUGAUCAAGAUUUUAUGCAGGAGAAGUCCGGGUCAGCUUAUUAAGACUAUUGCUGCUCUAGAGGAUCUGGAGCUCAAUAUCCUGCACACCAACAUUACCACUAUUGAACAAACCGUUCUCUAUUCUUUCAACGUCAAGGUAGCAAGCGAAUCGAGUUUCACAGCGGAAGACAUAGCGAAUGCAGUGCAACAGAUCUUCAGUUUCAUACAUGCAGACAGUGCUAACCUUUGAAUCUGCAAUGUCUCUGUAGCAUAUACACACAUGACAUGCACACACUUGUUUCAGAGCAGAUUCUUUUACUGUUGUAAAAACACUCUGUUGGCUAUAUAUUUAUACGAAUAAGUGAAAGCUGAAGAUAUUAAUCCUU